UUUCGGAUUGGCCUAUAAUCCAGACCGAACCAAACCGUUCAGAGCAUUAGCUACAAGUACAUCCCUCAGUAAACAAAGCGAAGGGACCUAUGUUACAGAUGUUGUAGUUCUAUUACUUCGAGCAAGUCUGGUGAAUCUUCCAAAUGGAUAUAUCUGCUUAAGCACGGCUAAGCGUCAAAGUUUGGCGAGCAAGGCUCGAAGAAAUCAAGGAGUAAUCGAAGAGCGAAUGGGAAAGAAGCCUGAUGUCAUGGGAUUGAUAAAACAGGAUGAUAAAAUUUUUGAAUUAAUUUAUACCGAAUCUUCACGUAUCAUUUGUAGUGAAACUAAAAAAGAUGAUGAUGACGUGAAGUUAUGGAGAGAGACGUUGGAUAGAGCUAGUUUUAUCAGUGCCUUGUGUAGGCCAACUGGUAAUCAAUUUGGCAUUAUAGGGAUUCAAGUUGCUGAUUCAGUUAUACACUUAAAUGCUCUCGUAAAGGAUUUGGUAGGCAUACCACGAUAUUUUCAUGUUGAUCAUGCAGAAAUCCCUCUAUCACCAAGUAAUAUAUCGCGAGUUAAGUCUUUCAUACGUAUUCUUUUAACUUUGAGAAAUAUUAUGAUCGUGAAUAAGAGUCUUGUAAUGCAGGCAUUAGAACAAGCUACCUCUCAUCCGCCUGAAAUGUUAACCCAA